ACACUAGUGGUUUUCGCGCGCUUUUCGCGUUCACUUGCCUUUGUGCGUUUUGGCUACAACACUACCGUUGCGUUGUACGUGCGAAUUUGAGUGCAUCAUUUUUUGUGUGAUACAUUUAAUUUUAUUUUAAACUUCGUUAAUUUUCUGUAAUUGAAUCACGAAUGUUUGCCUCAAGAUGUCAAUUGUGUUUAUCUUUCUAAUUUUUAGUUUGAUUGGAACACUGAGAGCCCGUCAGCCGGACAUAGACAUCAACAGAAUAAAACUUUUACCGAACGAGGGGUUUCACAAUCGACCAACAAAUUAUCACAGUCGUCGUUCCAUAUUAACAGAUCACAACAGAAGAAAUGAUUAUGACUAUUAUAGCAGCCGGUUCUCCAAGUUACGGCCGUCGGUGCACUUUCGGUACGAUACCUCGCCACUUACCGAAGAGAAGGCGGGUAAAGUGUACCAACCAAAAGAAGACCCGCGGCUCUUCUAUCAGUCUGAUGCAUAUAUUAAAGAAACUAAUAGGAAGAACUUGAGCAAUGAAGUAUCUUCGAUCUACAUAGGACGCGGAGUAGUACGAGCCGACGAAGUCAAUCAUAGAAGAUCGUUGCCAAUUCGUAUGCGAGAUAAUGAGCUAAACAGCAUCUAUGAAGAUACCUGCGUGCGAUGUCCUCCUGACAGAACCUUAAUUACCAAACCUGGUGUGGACCGCGCAGUGUUACAAUACCCGAGGCUGUUGUCAUGUUCGGGAAGAAAGGUCCCUAGACAUGUUCGUUUCGUCCACAUGUAUGGACCUAAAUUCGGAUCUUUACUGAAAGAGGGCUCACAUAUGAUCGUCGGACGAAUCACGCAUAAAGAUGAAAUUCUCCAAACAUGUAAAAUGCAAAUACAUGUUCUGGUACAAUCUUGUUCUGUACCCAAGUAUUUAGUGUCUCAUUGUGGAGCUGAAAAUAAAGUGUGCAACUUUACAUGUCGCGAUCCUAAAGCCGAAUUACGAGGACAAAGGACACUAACAUGUGGUGACGACAUGAGGUGGUCUGGACAUUUGCCUGUCUGUAACCCUCGCACGUGGUGUCAACCACCGCCGCCCCCCGAACAUGGCCGAGUCAGUUGCAAAGGUAUGACGUCACCGAAUGGUUGGGGGCUAAAUGAUGGCGCCAUUUGCCGAGUCCGAUGUGCUCGUGGUUGGAAAUGGACCUCCCGAUCUAUGGCAGUGUGCCGACGUGGUUCUUGGACUUAUAAAUUAGGAUGCUCGCCCAUUUACACGAAAUAGAAAUAAUACCAUUUUAAUUAUUUAGCUUUAUGAUUAGACUAAGUACUUAGGUAUAAAAUCUAGUAUGUAAGUAAUUAAUGUCUUUGAAGAUUGGGCGUGCCAUACCUAUUUAUUAACAAUGUGAAGUGUUUGUAUUGUACCUACCUACCUAUUCUAUCGAUAAAAUUAAGAACAUGUGUACCUACCUAAUUACGUAAGUACGUAAUUAAUUAAUGGCUAAGGAACUAAGAAUCAUGUUAUAGAAAAUAAUUAAUUUUAUAUGCCUAUUUUAUUACAUAUAUGAACAUGUUCUUGUAGAUUUUUUUUUAUUUGA